GUUUACUGUAAUAACAAGCAUGGAGCAAAUAAAGAAACACACAUAAGAUUAAUUUUUAAAACUUAUUCUUUCAUUGGAUCUUGUACAAAAAAAAAAUAAUCAUGAUAUUGGUAAACAAAAUUAUUUUUGUUUAUGUUUUGAAAAAAAAAGGGAUGAACGAGGGUUACGUGGGUAAUCCAAACAAUGUGGUCUUUUGUUUAUCCGGAAAGACUGUCAAUCUAAACAAAAAUAAAUAACCCAAUUCAAGGCAACAAGAAACAUCCUAGAGCAAAUAUGUCGAGCAUUCAAAACUCAGAGAUUGGUUCGAUUAAAGAAGACCAAAAUGAUUUUUCAAAUUAUUUGGAUAUAGAACACAUUUUUACGAUGUUAACUCAAAGACAGGAACAGUACUGCAAGAGUAUACCUGAAGAAAGUGUAGAUGAUAAUCACUAUAAGUUGAUCGAAAACCAAUACGGAUGGUGCAAAGAAAGUAGCAUUCUAGUAUCUGCAGUGUUUGUUAUGGUAUUAGAUUCUAUACAUGAAUUCCUGGAAAGCCAAGGGAAGAUUCCAAUCGGCUCAGCUAAGGGAGAAGGAUUUAAUCACCAAGAUACACUUAGAGUUUUUAAAGCAGUAACAGAGGAAGAAGAGAAUGAGAAAUUCCGUCAAUUCUAUUCAGUGUUAUCAUGCGCAGUUGAUGGACUAAGGAUUGCAAAUUAUCAGGUUCGUGAAGCGAUAGAGAUGAAAGACUCGGAGGGACAAGAAGAUUUGGAUGAAUAUGAAAAUGAAGCAAGCGUCCUUGUAGAGAGAUUCCAAAGUUGCUUAAAAGAGCUCAUCGAAGUUGGAAUCUAUGUGCAAGCGUUAGGAAAAGGCAAGAACAAACGACCAUACUUGGGAGUCUAUCAAACAUUUGGAAAAUCUAGUGUAGAGCAACUACAAAGGCAACUAAACAGUUACACUAGUCGAGUUAUAGGGCCGCUACUUCCUGAAACCGAGCAAGAUCCAAAUUCGUCAGAAACUCCAUCAUCCUCUUCCGAUGGCAGAUUGGGUGCAAGAUUGAAGAUUGGAAAUAAGAAUUCUUUCACAAAGCUCUUUAAAAUGAAACGCUUUCACAAAUCCCACAAAGAUCUGAAGGAACAAGAGCCGGUUCACGAUUAGACCUCAGUAACGCAAUGAAGAUAAUGUCGCUUGCACAAUCGAAACCAAGCAUUAAGACCUAAUAACUUCAUUGUUAAAUUUGCUUUAAAUCGGUUCUAGUAAGUAACUAUUUCUAUUUUUAAUUCUGGUACUUGUGCUUGCAAUAGAAUAAUCAAAUACGUUAAUCGGAAGAAGAUUUACUUCGGCUUCUAAGCAACUCUUGUAUUUUUUCUGCCUCCUGUUCUUCCAUUCUUCGGCGAUACUCCCUAGAAGAUGCUUUCUGUUGGAGUGCUUUUUCUCGAUUGACUUUUGCUUUCUCGUUUCUCUAUUAAUAUAAGUUAGUUUUCUACACUAUAAUUAUUAGUAUAUGUAAAAGUUUACUGUACAUCUUGAUUCAAACACUCUUUCAAGCUGUAUUUGAUUGAGUUGCAUUCUCCUAAAAAUUUUCCAUAAUGUCUAUGACAUUCUUCUAGUGCCAAUAUAAGAUGCGCACAUCGCUUUUGAUUAUUGAUAUCGAGAUGAGGAUGCAUUGGCGACUACUAACAGAAAGGGCAGUCGAGAAUAUAUGAUUUCGCACACCGUGUGGAAAAGGGGGAAAUAGUUAGUACUUCUCAAAUGGCUUUCCUUUAUUUACAAAACUACGAUUCACUAACUUCCAGUAAGAACAAAAAAAAAAAUUUAAACAGAUCUAUAAAUGCAUUUAAUACUGGCUAAGAUAUACUUCUAAAGGACAUAUUCUCUACUUGCGGAUGCUCAUCUUAAACAAAGUUCUUUGAACAUUACUACUUGAGCCCAGAGCUGUAAGUUUCAGGAAUGAUUAAAUUGGAAAAAAAUUAUGCUUGAGAUCAAAUAGGUUUGGGACAUUCAUGAACAGCAUCGUAAUUGUAAAAGUAAAUACUUGAUUGAAAGAAUUGGGCGUUUAUGUACUAUAUCUAAAUUUAAUACUUGCGUAAACUAGAUUCUUCUAGGGAUUGUAUUAUGAUUGCUAUAAAUAAGAUUGGUAAAGACUAUGCAAAUGCAGAUCGAAAAAACUUGGAUCCAAUUUAUUCAAGCGGAACCUUCUUAAUAUCAUCGUCACAUAAUGGCGAAAGCUCUUGCGAAUUGUUAAGUGUGUCAACGUUCACCAUUUGCUCAUAUUCAUUCAGAAAGCCUACGGCAACACAGAAGUAUAAAACACCAUAAAUGAUUUUCAAGGUUUCACUUAUAUAAUCGAAGGAUGCCGCGCUAUUCAUGUAAAUCGAUAAGCUUACACAGGUUGAUAAUAAAAUAAACACCAUGUGUUUUACAAUGUUCGCGACUCUACUAGUACCCGGUAAAACGCUCUUCCUAUCGGUUAUCAAGUAUCCGAUGAAGAAUACUGAUGGGAUAUAACCAAAGUUGAAAAGCAUCCAUGAGACUUGCAAAGACUUUGCUUUGGAAGAACCAAAUAUGCUCAGAAUAGGGAAAACAAGAGGCGCACAAAUAAUAAACGCCAUUUGCAACCACGUUAGUAAUAUGACCAAGAAAAUUAACUUCUUCGAACUACGUCGGGCGUAACCCAUGCCGAAAGAAGACGCCAAAGAAAAGGAAUUGAAUAAAGGACGUUCAAUUCCAUCACCGAAGAUGUAACUAAAAAAAAUUGAAGACAUAGUCAAGUCUUGAUGAUUUUUGUAAAGAUCCUUAUUCGAAAACACUGAUUGCUUUAUAGGGUGAUUAAACAAAAAUGCAAUAUACCAAGUGAGCAAUAAAAGUUGAGUAAAGCUAACCUUUUGGGGAUUACGAAACCAGCGGAUAGCCCAAUAAAAGCCUAUGCAACUGGAAAUUACCGACAAAAAGAUGAAGAAACGUGAUAUCUGUGUGGUAUCUUUAUGAUCACCAGAUUUGUAACGUAUUUGAAUAACAGGUUCGACCUCUUGUUUAGACAUGGAGGUUAUCGACUCUCCUGGCAAAGAGGAUUUAUAAUCCAAUGUGGGAUCAUAAAACCCAACAAAAAAGUGCAUACCUGGUUCAUAAAUUUGUUGCUUCGAGUAUAGCACAUCUGAGUCAGGGCUGAUGUGAAAAGGCUCCCAGUCCCCUGAACUAAGAUUUUUGAGGAAUUCAAAAUCUUUAAAACCGUCGAUUGCGUGUUUAUAACCUUGAAAUAAGUCUGGGUAGAAAAUACUUCGGAAAAAGACCGCUCUGGCGCUCACAUUUGGCUUAAGAAGCAAUUCCACAUAAGCCGACUCAGUGUCAUUUUCUACAAUGGGAUCUAUAAAAUGGCCAGAAACAAAUGCAUGACCACCCAAAGGUUCAUCAAAAGGGAAAACUGCCAACGAUUCCUCUUGUACAUAAUAUGGGUUUGUGUUAGGAUUUUGCUUUGGUACCUGAUACUUAUAGGAACUAGCACCUUGGACAAGCGGAUCAUAAGAAAUAGUAGCGAGAGCCGAUCCUACAAAAUACGCAGCACCUAUCCAGGACGAAAACAGCAUGGUGUAUGGAUGAACAAAAAACUAAAUCGGUAGAAACGAAUUAGGAUAACAGUUACUAAAAAAAGAAUAAAACUAGACCGAACAAAUAAAAGGAAAGAUAAAAAAGCAAUGCAAAUACAGCAAACAAAAGAAAUCAAUUUAGUCUCUCAUACAAUUUUACGUGAAGGAAUUAAUCGACUUUCUUAACUCUUACUAGGAACUAUUUGAUGAAGUUGGAAGGGCAGUCCACGGUGGACCUACUAGUUUCUUAUAUCCCUAUAAUCUUUGGUGAUGAUGUUGACAAUAUGUGGAGAACCGAACCUAACGUAAAGGCAUAGAAUAGACACCGAGCCGUCUAGGGUAUUAUAAAAGGCUUGUGUUACGAUUAUAAAUAUUGUAAUAGCACUAUGUAUCAUAGACGGACUCUCACUGUUUAUAAGAAUAAACAAAUCAAUGGAAAAACAGUGUACUAUUUUGAUGAAUCGUACUUGAAUUGGAUGCUUUCCUACUACUUUAAUGAAUAAUAACAGCUUCCAGGGAUCUGAUUCACUAAAUAACCUAAGUAGACUACAUGUAGCUAGAUCGGUCAAAUUUCUAGAUGGGGGA